AUGCUUUCAUUUUGGUCACGUUUUAAACACGGGGUUUUACAAAAUUUAACCGCAACAUAUUUUCGAGGUUUGUUUGUUGUCAGCGCCGGCCACAAUGUGGCGUGUAGUAGGUCACUUGCAUUCCAAAGAUGUUGGUGGCCAACAGUGUCUCGUAAUAAGUUGGUGACAGGUGGUGUUUGUUUAUUAAUGGUGCCGGGCAAUGGAGAAUAUUUUAGUACACGUUUAUUUAAUAUAAACAAUACGCAAAUUUCACAAAAACUUCGCAAAGUUGGUUUCAGAGGCAUGCAUAGUUCCAUAGAAGAUUUAAAAAUGGCUGCCAUGCAAAUUAAAAUUUUGCCUGCUCUUCAGGACAACUACAUGUACAUGAUCAUUUGCAGCAACACCCGGGAGGCUGCCAUUGUCGAUCCAGUAGAUCCUGAGGCUGUAAUAAAUGCCGUUAAACAGGAAAGUGUCAAUUUGACCAAAGUUCUAACCACCCAUCAUCAUUGGGAUCAUGCUGGUGGCAAUGAGAAACUGGUGAAACUAUUUAACAAACCUCUCGAUGUUUAUGGUGGCGAUGUACGUAUAGGAGCUCUCAAUCAUAAAGUAACCCAAGAUGAUCGCUUAAAAAUUGGUGAUUUAAAUGUGACCUGUUUGUUUACACCUUGUCAUACCACUGGACACAUAUGCUACUUUGUGGAGGCACCUAAUGGUGAUACAUGUGUCUUCACCGGUGACACUCUAUUCCAGGGAGGUUGUGGCCGUUUCUUCGAAGGCACUGCUGAACAAAUGUAUGCUGCUUUGGUGGAGAAAUUAGCAGCUCUACCCGAUGAUACCAAGGUAUUUUGUGGCCAUGAAUAUACCUUACAAAACAUGUCCUAUGCCCGUCAUGUAGAGCCUCAAAAUGAUAAGAUUUUGAAGAGAAUUGAAUGGGCCAAAUUAAAACGUGCCACCCAAUCGCCCACUGUGCCUUCUACCAUUGCCGAGGAAAAGUCCUGGAAUCCAUUUAUGCGAGUACAUGAAGCCACUGUACAAAAGCAUGCCAAUGAAUCUGAUCCCAUACGCACAAUGGGUAGUUUACGUAAGGAAAAGGAUACGUUUAAGGCUUAAGAGGUUUGUUAGAGAAAUUUAAUAACAAAAUAUGAGGAUUCCUUAAAAAUGUUCUUCUUUAUUGUUUAGCAAAUAGAUUAUCUUAUUAUUUUCAGCACUUUAACACAUAUAAUUUAUAUUUGUUCAUUAGAAAGACAGGUUUAUUUUAAAAUGCAAAAUAUGAAAGUUUGUUAUAUACAAUUGGCUGUAAUUUUUCAAA